UAAAACCGACUGAAUACAUAAAACUAGGCUAAUGCUGUUGUAGACUAUUAUGAAUGCCUGAAACUUCUCUAUAGUAGAAUAUUUAUAUCUACUCGUGUUAUUAUAUCUGAUCAAUGUAAAAGUCAUUCACGUGCCUGCAUAAUGACUGAGGUGAAGAGACAACUGCAAAUUCUAGCACUGCAUGGAUAUUAUCAGUCGGACGUUGUUUUCAGAGGAAAAAUUGGUUCUUUGCGAAAAGCAUUCAAAAAAGAAAUCAACUUCACAUUUAUAAGAGCCCCGCACAAGGUACCACGAGACCCCAGCGGUAAAGAAGCGGAAGAAGGUGCUGAAGCAUACGGAUGGUGGUUCAACAACAAAAAUUCAGAAUUUAAAGCAACUGUGGGCAGCCCUGAAUGUGUCGGCUUAGAAGAAAGUCUUCGAUCGGUCGAGAAAUGUUUCGAAGAAAAAGGCCCCUUUGAUGGAAUACUUGGCUUUUCACAGGGAGCAGCUUUUGUUGCAAUUUUGUGUGCGAUGCAACAGCAAAAAUUGUCUUCAAUUAGGUUCAAUUUCGCCAUUCUCAUAUCAGGAUUUAAGUCACUUUGUAAGCCACAUUCCGUUUUUUACAAACAACAGUUCAGCCUACCCAGUCUUCAUAUUUAUGGAACUUCAGACCAAAUUAUUCCUACCGAUAUGGCUGAAGAUUUGGCAUUACUAUUCGCUGAUGCAACCAGAUUGACCCAUGAUGGUGGUCACUUUAUUCCAGGCCGAAAGCAUUUGUACAGCGAUUUCAUUCAGAAGAUGCUCACAAUAAAAGAAGAUUCUGCUAACGGAUCGGUGUAAUUCACAGUUGCGGGUAUUCGAGGAUGUGUGAAUCGACACUUGAAGGUCUCUAGAUCUUUUCAUUUCAGGAUUGUACGUG